AUGUCACUUCUGCGCCAGCGGCACAUCCCCUGUGAGAUGUUGCGUCCCCAACAGUCCUUGGCAUCAGGGGCCUGCUGUGGGGGGAGCGGCCAUGGUGGCGGCAGUGCACAUGAUUGGCGUUUUUGCAGAUCUGUGGGACUCCGUCAGACUCAAGGAUUAGCGUUAUGUCAUGAAACCACGUUUUUUAAACAUGCAUUUGUGUUUGAAUCUGUGUGCUUAGAUGUGCAUGCUGUGACAACUUGUGGGAGUCUUCUCUCCUGCCCUGUGGGUCCCAGGGUUGGAACUCGGGUCCUGAAGCUUUGUGGAGGCUGGGCAGUAGGUCACACUGUCUCCAGCUGCUCUUGGGUGGAUGUCCAAAGGGAAACACUGGCCAGGUCCAAGCUCAGCACUGUGGCGACGCUUCCCCGGGCAGGGAAAGGCUGGACGCAGCAGCAUGGAUGGGGACAUGCCCGUGGAGCCCUCUGCUCAGUCAUUUUCCACAAGCCCUCCGCCUCUUCCUUCUUGGCCCACAGCUGUGGGGCUGCCGGGCUGGCCUGGGCCGACUUGCGUGGCUCUGCCCACUCAGGCCCCAGGGUGGAACUCCCUCCGUGGACGGAGCUGGUCCCUGACUCACAGGUCCCUGCCUCGAGUGCUGUGAUUAGGACGUGUUGUGCCGCAUCUGGGCCCUUGUGCCCCGUUAAGGGUGGGCUGGGAUGGUGUCACUCAUCUUUGCUAGCCCCGCCCCUCUCCGCCCCUCCACUGUUGCCUUUUCCCGCGGUUCAGGUCUUUGGAGCCCAGGAAGCACUUAUUAGCACCGGGUCUACCUCGUGUUCUCCGAGCUGUCACAGCCAGCCUGCACCUCCAUGUCUGCCUCCCUUCCCCAACGCCUGCCGGCCCGAGCUGACAGGGAGGCUAAGGCCGUGCUCGGGGCAUCGGCCAGGACAGACAGCUGAGCCUCAGUGGCCUGUGAACUGGGCGUGUUGCGAGUGGUCUCCCAGAGCGGCGGGACCCGGGGCAGGGACUAUUGCAUCCUCUACAACCCACAGUGGGCCCACCUGCCGCACGACCUCAGCAAGGUGGUGA